AUGAUCCCUGGGAAUAACCCAUGGGAAUAAUCCCUAGGAAUAACCCAUGGGAAUAACCCCUGGGAAUAACCCUCGGGAAUAACCCUUGGGAAUAACCCCUGGGAAGAAAUGAAGUGUGAAGUUCCGAGCAGCUCCACAGCUGCCCCAGGAUUUGGGAAAAGAGAUCCAAACCCUUCAGGAUUGGCAGGAGCAUCCCGGGAAAAGCUGGAGCCGUGGAAGAAAGGAAGGAAGAGCGUGGUGUGGAUCCAAAGGGAACAUUCCCGGAGCCAGCACUGGGAAGGAUUCCCCUGGGAAGGUGGAAAAUCUGCUGCUGGAAUUGCUGGAGCUGGAUCCUGCAGCGAUCCCAAACUUCCAGAGCCGCGGGAUGGGCGCUCCCAGCCUGUCCCUGGAGGAUUCCGGAGGCCGGGAAUGAUUUCCUUCGGAGCGCCGAGGAUUCUCCUGGAGCGGCUUCCCCCUCUCCCUGGGACGUCGGGAACAGCAAAUCCAGGAGAAUUGUGGCUCUUUCCCGGUUUUUAGGCACAAAUUCCCACCCUCACCCCUUCGGAUCUGCUGCUCCAUCCCCCUGAGCGGGAAUUCCAUGGGGGAGCUUCCAGCGGGGCUGGGAAUUCCGGAGAAGCCUCUUCCCGUGUUUCAAGUGCUCUGGAUCCAGGGAAUUUGCUCCAUCCUGCUGGAUCUGAGGAUUCCCUGGAGCCCUGGGAACUGCCAGGAGCUCGGGGGAUGAUCCCUGUCCUGGAAUUCCUGUGGAUUUUAAUGGGAAAAUCCCGCUGCUUCGCCAUGAAAGGUGCUACAAAUCCUCCCUUAAAUCCUUCAAAAAAUUCCAGGUGAAACUGAGCUUCAAAAUCCAUGGAAAUACCUCAUGGGGCUGGGGGAGGGAAAACCUUCCUGAGAGCCAGAGCCAGCUUUUCUCCCCCUCCCCCUCCAAAAAAAACAUCCUGGAAAAAGGCAUGGAUCAGGGAUGGAUAAUGGGAUGCAGGGAAUUGGGAAGCUGGGAGUGUCUCCAGGGGAAAUCCAGGGAAAAUCCAGGGAAUCCUGGAAAUCUCUGUGGUGUGGUGGUGGCAGAAUUCCUGCUCCGUCCUUCCCGCACCGUUCUGGGAUGGAGGUUUGGGAAUGAUCAGGGAAAAGCGGAGUUAGGGGAGAGCAGGGAAUGGGAGCUGGGGGAUUUCUGGGAAGGGAAAAUCCUGCACAAUCCUGCUCGGGAAUGGGAAUGGGGAGAAUUCCUGCAGCUCCACAUCCCAGUAUCCCAUCCCAGUGUCCCAUCCCAUCCCAGUAUCCUGUUCCAGUAUCCCAGUAUCCCAUCCCAGUAUCCCAUCCCAUCCCAGUAUCCCAUCCCAGUAUCCUGUUCCAGUAUCCCGUUCCAGUAUCCCAUCCCAUCCCAGUAUCCCAUCCCAGUAUCCCAGUAUCUCAUCCCAGUAUCCCAUCCCAGUAUCCCAUCCCAUCCCAGUAUCCCAUCCCAGUAUCCCAUCACAUCCCAGUGUCCCAGGAGCUCCCAGUGUCCCAUCCCAGUGUCCCAUCCCAGUAUCCCAUCCCAGUAUCCCAUCCCAGUGUCCCAUCCCAGUAUCCCAUCCCAUCCCAGUAUCCCAUCCCAGUGUCCCAGGAGCUUCCUGGUUCCCAUCCCAGUAUCCCAUCACAUCCCAAUGUCCCAUCCCAGUAUCCCAGUAUCCCAUCCCAGUAUCCCAUCCCGGUAUCCCAUCCCAGUAUCCCAUCCCAGUGUCCCAUCCCAGUAUCCCAGUAUCCCAUCCCAGUAUCCCGUUCCAGUAUCCCGUUCCAGUAUCCCGUCCCAUCCCAGUGUCCCAUCCCAGUGUCCCGUUCCAGUAUCCCAUCCCAGUAUCCCAUCCCAGUGUCCCAUCACAUCCCAGUGUCCCAUCCCAGUAUCCCAUCCCAGUAUCCCAGUGUCCCAUCCCAGUGUCCCAUCCCAGUAUCCCAUCCCAGUGUCCCAUCCCUGUCCCAUCAGGGGGAUCCCCUUCCCAAAAAUCCUUUGGGAUCGGGGGGAUCCCGGCAGCGCUGCCUCUGGGUGUAAAACACAACCAGUGCUCCCAGUGCCCCCCUGGGGCAUUCCCAGUGCUCCCAGUGCCCCCCUGGGGCAUUCCCAGUGCUCCCAGUGCCACCCUGGGAUGCUCCCAGUGCUCCCAGUGCCCCAAAAUCCCAUCCUGGAGAACUUCCAGUCCCCAAAAUCCCACCCUGGGAUGCUCCCAGUGCUCCCAGUGCCACUCUGGGGUUUUCCCAGUGCCCCAAAAUCCCACCGUGGGAUUCUCCCAGUGCUCCCAGUGCCCCAAAAUCCCAUCCUGGAGAGCUCCCAGUGCUCCAAAUUCCCAAAAUCCCACCCUGGGGUUCUCCCAGUGCUCCCAGUUCCACCCUGGGGUUCUCCCAGUGCUCCCAGUUCCACCCUGGGAUGCUCCCAGUGCCCCAAAAUCCCACCCUGGGGUUCUCCCAGUGCUCCCAGUUCCACCCUGGGGUUCUCCCAGUGCUCCCAGUUCCACCCUGGGAUGCUCCCAGUGCUCCCAGUUCCACCCUGGGGUUCUCCCAGUGCUCCCAGUUCCACCCUGGGGUUCUCCCAGUGCCACUCUGGGCUGCUCCCAGUGCUCCCAGUUCCACCCUGGGAUGCUCCCAGUGCCCCAGAAUCCCAUCCUGGGAUUCUCCCAGUGCUCCCAGUGCCACUCUGGGGUUCUCCCAGUGCUCCCAGUGCCCCAAAAUCCCAUCCUGGGAUUCUCCCAGUGCUCCCAGUUCCACCCUGGGAUGCUCCCAGUGCUCCCAGUGCCACUCUGGGGUUCUCCCAGUGCUCCCAGUUCCACCCUGGGGUUCUCCCAGUGCUCCCAGUCCAGGGCCUCACCCCAAACCCCAGGAAUUUCCCGGAAUUUCCCGAGCAGAUUCCAGCAGCUCCCAGGGCAGGACCUCGCCAGGAUUUUGGGAAUCACCCUUUGGAAUUUAACAAAAAUCAAAAAAACACCAACGCAGCUUUGGCUUCAUUUUAUUUUUAAUUUUUAUUCCUCCCCUCCUUUUUUUUUUUUUAAUUUUAAUUUUAAUUUCGAAUUUUAAUUUUGUUUUUUGGUGUGUGCUUAAUUUAUUCGAAUAGUGGCUGUAUAAUUUAUUUUCAUAAAUAUAUGAGAAAAGUUACUAAAUGGUUAAAAAAAAAAAAGAAUAAUAGUAAUAAUAAUAAUAAUAAAAAAAACCAAACGGACUUUGCAGGCCAAUCUUUCAGAUUUAAUGGAAAAAAAAUUAAUUAAUAAUAAUAAUAAUAAUAUUAAUAAUAAUGUUUUUUUGAUAUGAACCACAAAUGCACUUUUGGGUGUGUUUGGUUAUUUUUUGGGGUGGGGAGCUGUGGGGUUUGUGUGUAAAUAUUGUAUUUAUAGGCAUGUUUGGCCUCUCGUGGGGGAUUUUAGGAACUGCUGGAAUUCCUGGAUUUUGGGGUUUUUGGGGUUUAUUUUUUUUUUUUUUUUAUUUUUUCCUACGGGGUCAGCCAGGAAAAGCUGACUUGGUGUUUGUAAAACUCAUUUUUAGCGUCUUUUUUUGGGGUUGUUUGGGGU